GGCCUUGCUUCCAUACCCCGCGCCCCGAGCUGUCAUCAUUUUACCGGGAGAGGCGAAGGGCAUCCUGGAUACCGGCCGAGAGGGGAGCCGCUGAAACUCGUUUCUCGAGUGGACAAACAAACCAGUGGACAGUGGAUGUUUGAUUCCCCCCUCUCUGUUCUGGGACCGACCCUGCUGGACUGAGUUUUGACCCGUUCUUCUCUCUGAGGUUGAGGACGUCCGGCCCAUCGGACUGACCACCACCACCGUGUGUGUGUGAGACACUUUAAGGACUGCUUAUGCAUCGUUUAAGGACUUGUGCGGCGCGAUUGCGCCCGCUAACCGCCUCGCAGGCGGCUCAGACUGUCGGCCAGCAAAGGCCAAUCACAGUCGCCUCCACAGGUGGCACAAGGACGUUUCAGCCUAUCAGGUGCUACACGGCACCUGUGGCCUCGGAGCCGUUCCUGAAUGGGACAAGCUCCAACUAUGUGGAGGAGAUGUACUAUGCCUGGCUGGAGGACCCCAAGAGUGUUCACAAGUCGUGGGAUGUAUUUUUCAGGAAUGCUAACGCCGGUGCUCCUCCCGGUGCAGCGUACCAGUCUCCCCUGGGUUUGUCUGCAGCUCCUCAGCUCUCCUCUCUGGUCGGAGCUCAGCCCAACGUGGAGAAGCUGGUGGAGGAUCACCUGGCUGUACAGUCUCUCAUCAGGGCCUACCAGAUCCGUGGGCACCAUGUGGCCCAGUUGGACCCCCUCGGCAUCAUGGACGCUGACUUGGACUCGUGUGUCCCCACUGACAUUAUCACCUCCUCCGACAAGCUGGACGUGGCUGUGUUCAAGGAGAGGCUGAAAAUCCUAACGGUAGGAGAAUCAGAUGAAUCACAGUUUAGUGUCAGCUGCAGACAGAGCGGCUUCUAUGGUCUGGAUGAGUCUGACCUGGAUAAGGUGUUCCGGCUGCCCACCACCACCUUCAUUGGAGGCUCAGAGAGCGCCCUGCCGCUGAAGGAGAUCAUCCGCAGACUGGAGAUGGCGUACUGCCAGCACAUUGGCGUGGAGUUCAUGUUCAUCAACGACCUGGAGCAGUGUCAGUGGAUCAGACAGAAGUUUGAGACUCCAGGAGUGAUGCAGUUCACUUUGGAGGAGAAGAGGACACUGCUGGCUCGUAUGGUCCGCUCCACCAGGUUUGAGGAGUUCCUGCAGAAGAAGUGGUCUGCUGAGAAACGUUUUGGCCUGGAGGGCUGUGAGUCUCUGAUCCCGGCUCUGAAAACCAUCAUCGAUAAAUCCUCUGAGAACGGCGUGGAGAACGUCAUCAUGGGCAUGCCUCACAGGGGUCGUCUGAAUGUUUUGGCCAACGUGAUCCGGAAAGAGCUGGAGCAGAUUUUCUGUCAGUUUGACUCCAAACUGGAAGCUGCUGACGAGGGCUCUGGGGAUGUAAAGUACCAUCUCGGUAUGUACCAUCGUCGUAUCAACCGUGUGACCGACAGGAACAUCACUCUGUCUCUGGUGGCUAACCCGUCUCACCUGGAGGCCGUGGACCCUGUGGUGCAGGGUAAGGCAAAGGCCGAGCAGUUCUACAGCGGAGACAACGACGGCAACCGGGUGAUGUCCAUCCUGAUUCACGGUGAUGCGGCGUUUGCAGGUCAGGGAAUCGUCUAUGAAACUUUCCAUCUGUCUGACCUGCCGUCCUACACCACACAUGGGACCGUGCAUGUCGUCGUCAACAACCAGAUUGGUUUCACCACCGACCCUCGUAUGGCUCGCUCGUCUCCAUAUCCGACUGAUGUUGCUCGAGUCGUGAAUGCCCCCAUCUUCCACGUCAACGCUGAUGACCCCGAGGCUGUCAUCUACGUCUGCAACGUCGCCGCAGAGUGGAGAGCCACGUUCCACAAAGACGUGGUGGUCGACCUGGUGUGCUACCGUCGUAUGGGUCACAACGAGAUGGAUGAGCCCAUGUUCACUCAGCCGCUGAUGUACAAACAGAUCAAGAAGCAGAAGCCGGUUCUGCUGAAAUACGCUGAGAAACUGAUCGCAGAGGGAGCCGUCAGCAGGCAGGAGUAUGAGGAGGAGAUUGCCAAAUAUGACAAGAUCUGUGAGGAGGCGUACGCUCGCUCCAAAGAUGAGAAAAUCCUCCACAUCAAGCACUGGCUGGACUCUCCAUGGCCCGGUUUUUUCACUCUGGAUGGUCAGCCAAAGUCUAUGAGCUGCCCCUCCACCGGUCUGACUGAGGAGAACCUGAACAACAUCGGACAGGUGGCUUCGUCUGUACCUGUGGAGGACUUCACAAUCCAUGGAGGUCUGAGUCGUAUCCUGAAGGGUCGAGCUGAGAUGGUUCGUAACCGGACUGUGGACUGGGCUCUGGGAGAGUACAUGGCCUUUGGAUCUCUGCUGAAGGAGGGAAUUCACAUCAGACUGUCGGGACAGGACGUGGAGCGAGGAACAUUCAGCCACCGUCAUCACGUCCUCCAUGACCAGAACGUGGAUAAGAGGAUCUGCAUCCCCAUGAACCACAUCGCUCCUGACCAGGCGCCGUACACCGUGUGUAACAGCUCUCUGUCAGAGUACGGCGUCCUCGGUUUUGAGCUCGGUUUCGCCAUGGCGAGUCCCAAUGCUCUGAUCCUGUGGGAGGCUCAGUUUGGAGACUUCCACAACACGGCUCAGUGCAUCAUCGACCAGUUUAUCUGCCCCGGUCAGGCCAAGUGGGUCCGCCAGAACGGCAUCGUGCUGCUGCUGCCUCACGGCAUGGAGGGCAUGGGUCCAGAACAUUCUUCAGCUCGUCCAGAGAGAUUCCUUCAGAUGUGCAAUGAUGACCCUGAUGUCAUGCCGACCAUCACUGACGACUUCGCAGUCCGUCAGCUCUACGACUGUAACUGGAUCGUGGUGAACUGUUCCAACCCUGCUAACUACUUCCACGUUCUGAGACGACAGAUCCUCCUGCCGUUCAGGAAGCCGCUGAUCAUCUUCACUCCCAAAUCUCUGCUGCGUCACCCCGAGGCCAGAUCCAGCUUUGACGAGAUGCUUCCUGGAACCCACUUCCAGAGGUUGAUCCCAGAAGAAGGCCCUGCUGCAGAGCGCCCAGCUGAAGUGAAGAGGCUGAUCUUCUGCACAGGAAAGGUUUACUAUGAGCUGACCAAAGAGAGGAAGAACAGAGGCAUGGAGGACACCGUGGCCAUCGCACGCAUGGAGCAGCUGUCCCCGUUCCCGUUCGACCAGGUGAAAGCAGAGUCUGAGCGGUUCCCCAACGCCGACCUGGUCUGGUGUCAGGAGGAGCACAAAAACCAGGGAUACUAUGACUACGUGAAGCCUCGCAUCAGGACCACCAUCCAGAGAGCCAAACCUGUGUGGUACGCUGGCAGAGGGCCAGCAGCAGCUCCGGCGACAGGAAACAAGAACACUCACCUGAUGGAGCUGCGCCGCUUCCUUGACACGGCCUUCGGCCUCGAUGCGUUCAAAGAUCAGCAGUAGAGCCGCAACCUCUGACCCCUGUCCUGCAACAUCUGGAUCAAACCCUCACCUGUCUGACCUUUGACCCCCCCGACUCUCCUGGAUUCAGUUAUGACACGCAAAAUUCAUCAACGCACACAAACACAUAUUGUUUCAUAUUAGGGUCUGCACGUGUGCUGUUUACCGCAGAAAUACUCAAAUAUCACAUGGUCUUUGACUGCACAAUCUCCUAACACUCUGUACUACAAACUACAUGAGUCCUGCAUGCUGCAGAGUACACAGUGAGUCCAAAUGCAAACACAUAAUCAACAAAUCUGCAUCUAUUAAAAGUCUGAGUGUCUAAGGUGUUGUAUGAUCAGAACGGUUUGAAAUCAGCUGAAAACUUCACUUGGAUUUGUCCUGGUUUGGGAAUCAUCAACUUUCUGAAUGACGUUUGAUGUGAUUCAGUAAAAAAUGUCAGUUUUUAGUGUUAGUUUUUGAUGAUCUGAGCUGUGUACGUGUCUUGUUCUGUUACAAAAAUAUAUCUGAUGGGGAAGUUGCCUCAGAAGUGCUUGGUUUUCAGGCAAAAGAAACAAAAUUUGUACUCUGUUUAGGGCAACUUUCACAGCAAAUAUUACAUAAUAUUAAGGUCUGAAAUCACAGAACAGUCCUCUUUCCACAUGCAUACACAAACUAAAGAUGGACAAUGGCUAUCAGCAUGCAAACAAUCUUUUUAAUUCAGUUUGUCUAGGAAAAUAUUUUUUCUGGAGUUAAAACAAGCCAAAUGCAAUGCUAACUCUUUUAGCCUGUUAAUGACAAUUUCCAUUAUGUGUUAGCAUCAAGCUAACAUCCUUAGAUGAACAUGCCUGUCCAUCCCUCUCAAAAAUUUGAGUCUUAUUUAAAUGAUUGAUUUUCAAAGAUGUUUUUUCCUUGAAAUGCACAUCCCUAGCGGCAGCUUGUUUAACCUGUUUUUAACACUUUAUCAGGUAAUUUUCAUGACAGGAAAACAAUAGAAAAGUUGUUGACAGUCAAAGACAUUUUGUUCAAUUUAAGUUUGGUUACAAGACGUGCAUCCAGGUCUUGCUGUGAAUACGAUGUUCUCUUAAAGGUUUCAGUACGUGAUAUUAAAGUAGGACAGGUGCAGAAAAUGCAGCACAAGCACGAAUUGUGCAUUCCUGUUUGCAGUUGGAAUCACUGUGUUCUAUUUUACCUGCACAGUUUAGUUUCCGUACUGUGUUUACAUGUCAGUACUACAGCAGCAGCAGGCUCAACUCCAGCACAGGCAACAUGGCAACUUUUAGAGCAACAAGUCUCCUCAACAGAUUUUUAAAAGUAGUAGAUGGGCCUGAUUAAGACGGUUAGAAAGAAAACUUCACAUCUCAAAGCUCUUCUAUUGCUCUGGAUUUCGCUGUGUAUUUUAAGCAUCAAGAUUUGAGCUUUUUAAGUGUAUUUGCCAGAAAUUGCUUCAACUGCAGAACUAUUGCAUGAUCAAAGAGUUUGGAGAACUGCAGAAAAAUAUGAACUUCACCUGAACUUAUAUGGUGUAAAAUCUGCAACUUUUUCAGUGAUGUUUGGUUCUGCAUAAUUCAGAUUUCAGUUCAAGUUCAAAGCGCAUAUGUCACAGAAACGCUCUGAUGGGAAGCUGAGAUUUGCUUGUGAAGUUGUCAAGACUUAGAGCAAUUAUUUAGACAAGGAAACAAACUGGGUAGGUGUUUAAAGAAUCACAGAUUUCAGUACUUAACUGUUUUUAAAGCUUUGUGCUGCAGAGAUGUCUCUCACCAGAAAUAUUAAAAUACAAGAAGGUGAGAGACUGGGCAAGUUUUCAGGCAAGACAUGCCAUGGAUCUUUCUUUGUCCAUUUUAAAGCAUCAGGACUCAAGCUGUUUGAGCUUAUUUGCCAAUAAAAUUGCUUCAAAUGUAAUUUAACUGAAGCUACCUGAAAUUACUCUCAUCUAAAGUAAAAUCAGCCACUUUUUGGAUGAAGUUUGAAUAUUUACAAUAAAGGAAUCUUAGAUUUCUAUAGCAAAAGUUUCAUGCCAGAAAUGUCUCUAAACUGUUGCUCAAAAGUGUUAAGAAAAACUCCAAGAAGUUGUCAAUUCUUGUGGCAAAUCUGGAGGUGAAAGGAACCAACUUGGCAGUUGUAAAAAGAAUAAUUGCAGGUUUUUCUGUUGUUGAAGCUUUGUCUUGCAGACUCGUCUCACACUGCAUGAAAAACACUAAGAUUUGAAGUCAAAAGUUGCUGAAGAAGUAGGCAAGACUUUGUGCAAAAGCAUCGAGACGAGAGCUGUCUGAACUUACUUGCUCAUAAAAAAAAAAUGCUUCAAAUUAAGAGGUUGUGUUUUAAAAACGGUAGCUCCUUGAAAUCAACUUUGUCUAAGAUCUGCAACUUUUUGAAGUAAAUUUGGUGAAAUCUAAAAGAAGAGAAGCAGAUUCAGUAAGCAACGGUUUUAGUUUCACUCUGCACUCGCAUCUCAAUCUGCAUCAAUAACGCUCAGAUCUGAAAGCAAAAACUGCUGAAGAAGUUGACAACAUGUAAGGCAACUUUUUAGUCAAAAGAAACAAAGUGGGUCAUUUUUGAAAGAAAGAAGAAGAAGAAAGAAGUUGUGGACUUCAGAAGCUGUUUUUAAAACGGUGUGUUGCAGACAUAUCCCACACUGCACCAAAAACGUUAAGAGUUAAAGUCACAAGUUGCCAGAGAAGUAGGCAAAUCUGGGCAACAAAACAGGAAAAUUCAGAGAUAAACUCUGGAUGACUUGGAGUAACUUUUCAAGGAACAAAACAAUAAAAUGUACAGAUGCACUCUGGAUGUUGUUUGAGGUUUUUGAGAUUGCUGAUGAAAUUGGCUUCGAAUUUCAAUGAUGUUUGAAAACAACUGCAGCUACCUGAAAUUUGCAUUCUUUCAAAUCUGCAACUUAUGAAUGAAGUUUGUUAAUGUCCGAUAAAAUAAUCCCACAUCUCCGUACACACCAGUUUUCAGUUUUGAGCUGUAAAUACAUCUCAGUCUUUUACAGAAACUUUCGAAUGUAAAGCCAAUAGUUGCUUUAAAAGUAGGUGAGACCUGAGGCAACUUUUCAUACAACAAAGCAAGAAAAUGCAGCAACAUGCAAGGCAACCUUUGAGGGCUUCUUGCUCCAGAAAAGUUAGAAUCCUGUGAUGGAGUGGAGCUCAGAGACACAUUCCUCCGUCCACGCACAUCUGUAUCAUGUAUGAGCAGGUCAGCAGUUCAUCCUACACCAACAGGAUCAAUACUCAUCAAUAAUCUUCACAGGAAACGUUGCAGGAAAUCUUUUAUCUUUAGGUUUUAACGAAUGGCUCGUUAGCAUGGUUAGCGCUCCUCAUUGAAAGUGAAUGGGAGUGGGGCUAGCAGGGGAGAAGUGAGAGUUUAAUACGUUAAGGAGUGGAUUCAGUACAGCAGGUGGAGGGUUUUUCUGCCUUUCAGCAGGUGUGUUCGCUCGUUAAGGUAAAGUCUGUAAUUAGUCGCCACAGCAACACUUAACUAGCACACUGAGGUUUUAUUGUUUUUCUUUGUUUUGAAGGGAUAUUUUUGGGAGUAAUAUGGCUGCAUUUUUGCGCUAUCAGGCAUCCCUACAUGAACCAAAUGUACUGCUGAUUACAAUUUAACCCCUCGGCUUCUGUCUCUUCUUCUGCUCUCUUUUUUCUCUCUCUGGAGCAUUUAUCCUGUGCCAAAAUGGAUCAGAGCGUCUCAUGUUUUUAUUAUUUUAGUCGCAGCUGAAUGAACUCUGUCAGCAGGAAAUAAAAUCCUCCUGGUUUAAACUCCUAUACUAAACGACUACAGAAGAUGAAGUCGACUGCAGGUGGUGUUCUGGGCUUCUGUGAGACAAAGAAAAUGAUUUAUUUAUUUUCAUAAUAGGGGAUUGUAAUUCUCUUCAUUAUUUUGCUUCAUUCAAUAAAGAAUCCUGUAUGUACUGAA